AUGCUCAGUUCUUCAACAACCGAGUCAUCUUCUCCUUCUGCGCCAUCCACGACUCCAUCUCCCUCGGCAUCAGAAGUAGUCUCAAGCUCUGCAGUAUCAUCUUCUCCCUCUGAACCUUCAACGACUCCAUCUCCAUCCGCAUCAGAAAUAGUCUCAAGCUCUGCAGUAUCAUCUUCAGCUCCCGCUCCUACUCCUACGAUCGGCAAUCCAGGUUUUGAUGCAUUUGCGCCAGGUGUCGCCCCGAGCCCGUGGGUCCUAUCUGGCGCUGCGUCUAUUGCUAGUGACACUGUAUUCCCUAAACAAUCCCGGCCGAAUGUGUGUCUGUUCCGAAUCCCGACUGGCCGCACAGGGGCAAUCUCGCAAAUGGUCGAUAAUCUUGACAGCACGAAAAGCUACCGCAUUGUCUUUUACCACCUCAAAUUUGAUACGCCUCCUGCCAAUGCUUGCACUAUCCGCACAACUAUGGGUGGCUCAGAAAUUAGCUUAGUCGCGCUCCAACCUCCUCGUAACGAUGGCGUGUUCGCAAAGAUCGUCUCAAACCCGUUUCAGCCAUCAGCAUCUUCUCUGCGAUUGGAAAUCACAAUAAGUUGUACCGCUGGCCAGCUUAACAGGUCGCUGAUAGAUGAUGUUUCUAUUGAAGAGGUUCUAUAG